AUAGUCUGGCAGCAUGGCAAACCUCACGGACGCGGCAUCACUGCAGCAGUUUGACGAAUUAUUAAAAAAUAACAGCAAGUCCCUCACCGUUGUCCAUUUUCAUGCGCCAUGGGCACCGCAGUGUUCGCAGAUGAACGAUGUGAUGGCGGAAUUGGCCAAAGAGCACAAACACACCAUGUUUGUUAAGCUGGAGGCAGAGGCAGUCCCGGAGGUUUCGGAGAAGUAUGAGAUCACUUCAGUUCCCACCUUCCUCUUCUUCAAGGGCGGUGAGAAGAUUGACAGGUUGGAUGGUGCGCAUGCCCCUGAGCUGACCAAUAAGGUGCAACGGCUGGGGUCCGGUGGGGGCGGAGCUGUCGGGGCGGGGGACAUCCCUAAAGAGGAUCUCAACCAGCGACUGAAGAGGCUGAUCAACGCCGCACCCUGCAUGCUCUUCAUGAAGGGAUCGCCCCAGGAGCCUCGCUGUGGUUUUAGUCGUCAAAUUAUUCAGAUUUUGAAAGACCACAAUGUGCAGUACAGCAGUUUCGAUAUCCUCUCAGACGAAGAGGUCAGACAGGGACUCAAAACCUACUCCAACUGGCCCACUUACCCACAGGUCUACGUCAGCGGAGAGCUCAUCGGCGGAUUGGACAUUGUAAAGGAGCUGGUCGAGUCUGGUGAACUUGAGAAUACUUUCCCCAAGACCGUCUCUCUGGAAAACAGGCUGAAAUCUCUAAUCAAUAAAUCACCCGUCAUGCUCUUCAUGAAAGGCAAUAAAGAGGCUGCCAAAUGUGGAUUCAGCCGUCAGAUACUUGAAAUAAUGAACAACACGGGGGUUGAAUAUGAUACGUUUGACAUAUUGGAAGAUGAAGAGGUAAGACAAGGACUGAAGACGUACUCCAACUGGCCAACGUUCCCACAGCUGUACGUUAAAGGAGAUCUAAUCGGAGGACUGGAUAUUGUGAAGGAGCUAUUAGAAGGCGGUGAGCUGGUGUCUGUGUUGAAAGGGGAAAACUGAACUAUUCCAGCACUGAACAACAAGUGGAUUGCUGUGUAACCUGCACAUCUAACCUCAGGACUGGAGGACUCGCGUUAGACUUAUUCCAUCCAACUUAGCAUUUUAUUUUGAAAUCACAACUUUUCAUAAACAAUGUUCAACUUUUGCUGUUAAUUCAAGCAUUGAAUAAAAUGGAUUCCUUUCUAAACCUAUUUUAGACCAUGUUCACAUCUGACAUUUACAUCUUUCUCUUGUGGUCUGAGUGUUCAGCUGAGACGGAAUUAAAUGCACAUGCGUCUGAAAUAUGAAAUUGCUGCCCAAUCAAAUGCUUUUAGAAUGAGAAUGUCCCUUUCCAUUGCAUGCAAUUUCAAUAAAAAUGGCACUGGGCAAAAUCCAA